AUGACGACUAAGAAUGAACAUGAAAGCUUAAAAGAAGGUUGUAUAGAAAUGCAGAAAAAAGUGACGGAUAAAGAAAAAGCAAACAAAAUUGAGAAAUCUCAAUUCGAUCAGCAGAAAAAAAUAUGUGGAAAUCUGCAAGGGGAUAUCAAUCAACUUGAUACAAAGGUGAAGGAUUUGGGUCAACAUAUACUGAGUCAUGAUCAACUGAUUAAACAAAACCAAGAUGCAUUACGACAAAUUGAAAAUCAAUCAACCAAUCAACAAGCUCAACUUGGACAACAGAAAAAUCAACAAACAGCAAAAACACAAGAAUGCGACAAAAAAAUUGCUGAAGUUCAACAACAAGAAGCAUUUAUACGAACUAAACAAUGUGAAAUAACAGAAUUGGAAAAUCGUUUGCAAAAUGUUCAAACGAAUAUCGAUAUGUUGAACAAAUCUGUUCCUGAACUUGAAAAUGAAUUAGCUGAACAAGAUCGAAAACUAUACGAUGCUCAAAAAGCAAUGCAAAAACUUGAAGCUGAACACUCCAAACUUGAAUCAAGUAUAGCAGAGAAAGAACGAGAGAGACAACAAACUGAACGAAAUAUUACAACACUUAAUCGAGAUAUGAAUAAACAACGUACAAUAUUUACUGAAAAGGAACGCGCUAGAGGAAGUAUAGAAGCUGAAAUCAAUGGUAAAAAUUCUGAUCUGUCAGCGAAACAAGAACAAAAACUUGCCCGUGAGAGCCAACUACGUGCUGUUGAAGAUCAACUUCUUACUAAUAAGCAAGCACUUAAAAAGACUGACAAUAAAAUGCGUGAUGCGGAAAAAGAAAUACAUAAUCAAACUGCUUUACAACAACAAACAAAACACCGUUUCGAUGAAGUAACAUCACAAUUAAGUAAUACCCAACCAACACUCGAUCGUUCGAAACAGGAAUUGCAAGUUGAUCAAGCAAAAAUGGUUCAAGCACAAAAUAUCGUAGAUCGACUUAAACAAGAGUUAUGUGCACUUCAAGAUACAAUACGCAACAUAGAAAGAGAAAUUCAGAAACUCAACGAAAAAAAACAUAAAUUGGAGGGGCAAUUACAGACUCAAGAACAUCGGCGUGCUCAAGUUUAUAGAAAACGCGAAGAAACAAAUGCUGAGCUCAAUGAUAGAAAAACUAAAUUACAAAAAGCUGAACAACAACGAGAUCAACUUCAACAGAGUGUUACACGAUUGGAAAAUGAACUCACAGAUAUUCGAGGCAAACUUUCUUCUCUUAUCAAACAACGAGAUCGAUGUAAUCAGCAGCUUGAGAAUGAGAAGAAGAAACAAGAACAAUUCGAGCAAGAACUAAUAGAAGAGCAGAACAAACAACGAGAAGCUGAACAAGCUGUAUAUGAACAGGAGCAAAAUGUCAGAAGUGAUGAAACUGUUUUGCGACAAGCGGAAAUGGAAGAAGCAGCUGCAAGAGCUGCCGAACAAGAAGCGCUAGUUGAAUUAGAAAGAACACAAGUCGCUUUAGAAGAUGCUCAAACUGAAUUAGUUGCUGCUGAACGAGAGGCCAGGCCAACAAAUAUUGUUGAAAGGGGCUUGAGUCACGUGAGAGAUUCAUCUAAACAAAAGCGAGUUCACGAUGCUCAAGCGAAAGUUAGUGCAUGUGAAAUACAAAAAAGAUCAAAGGAAACUAACCAUCAAACGAAAGUAACUGCACAUAAAAAUGCUUGCACAAAUACUGCAACAUGUCGUACUACCUUACAACAAACUCGUGCAGUACUUCACCAGAAAAAAAGUGAACUUGAAACUCAAAAACACCAUGUAAUUGCUAAGAAAAAGACGGUUGAACAACAAAAAACAGUGGUAAUGACGACUAAGAAUGAACAUGAAAGCUUAAAAGAAGGUUGUAUAGAAAUGCAGAAAAAAGUGACGGAUAAAGAAAAAGCAAACAAAAUUGAGAAAUCUCAAUUCGAUCAGCAGAAAAAAAUAUGUGGAAAUCUGCAAGGGGAUAUCAAUCAACUUGAUACAAAGGUGAAGGAUUUGGGUCAACAUAUACUGAGUCAUGAUCAACUGAUUAAACAAAACCAAGAUGCAUUACGACAAAUUGAAAAUCAAUCAACCAAUCAACAAGCUCAACUUGGACAACAGAAAAAUCAACAAACAGCAAAAACACAAGAAUGCGACAAAAAAAUUGCUGAAGUUCAACAACAAGAAGCAUUUAUACGAACUAAACAAUGUGAAAUAACAGAAUUGGAAAAUCGUUUGCAAAAUGUUCAAACGAAUAUCGAUAUGUUGAACAAAUCUGUUCCUGAACUUGAAAAUGAAUUAGCUGAACAAGAUCGAAAACUAUACGAUGCUCAAAAAGCAAUGCAAAAACUUGAAGCUGAACACUCCAAACUUGAAUCAAGUAUAGCAGAGAAAGAACGAGAGAGACAACAAACUGAACGAAAUAUUACAACACUUAAUCGAGAUAUGAAUAAACAACGUACAAUAUUUACUGAAAAGGAACGCGCUAGAGGAAGUAUAGAAGCUGAAAUCAAUGGUAAAAAUUCUGAUCUGUCAGCGAAACAAGAACAAAAACUUGCCCGUGAGAGCCAACUACGUGCUGUUGAAGAUCAACUUCUUACUAAUAAGCAAGCACUUAAAAAGACUGACAAUAAAAUGCGUGAUGCGGAAAAAGAAAUACAUAAUCAAACUGCUUUACAACAACAAACAAAACACCGUUUCGAUGAAGUAACAUCACAAUUAAGUAAUACCCAACGUGAACUCGAUCGAUUAACUCAACCAAAAAAUGAUAAAAAUACGAUAAGCCGUGCAAAACAAUUGGCUGCUGAUCAGGAAAUAUUAAAACUAGAAUCGACACUUGGAAGUCAUCACGCAAAAAUAGCUCGAAAGGGACGAAAUAUUUAUAAGGUAAAACAAUUGAUUAAUCAACAACAACCGAUGGAAGCCCGCAAUGUACAUACUGUUGUACAUUCAAAUCAACGUUUUGAAUCUCAUGACAACCAUGAGGAUAACAUGCAUGUGCGAAAUGAUCAAAAGCAUUAUGCAUACGUUUAA